CAAAUUGGCUGUUUCAUUUUUUGCAAACAAUGGACAUUUAACAGAAAACCGUUGAAAAUAUUAAACGAUUCCGACAUUAAAUCAGUCUAUUCCAGUAAAUAUGACGUCUGGUUUUUAAUUUUGAGAAUAUUUUCAAUUCUAACAUAUUGGACGGAUUGCUGAUUGGUGUCUUGUGACGAAUAAAAAAUAGGGGGCGACUGAAAACCUCUUGGAUUUUGCGGAUCGUUUAUGUUAAUUAGAUUUUUUCAGCUUUGGUGCUUGAAACAAGGCAACAAUGGCACAAGCAAGCCUCGAAUGGGUUACUUUGUUUGAUAAUAUGAAUUCUAAAGCUGAUAAAAAGAAAAUGGUAGAAUCGGAAAACAUGGAUGAUAUUCAUCUGCCUGGUGGUGGAGAUGCAGGCUCUAAAGCAUCAAAGAAAAGAUUGUCUGUUGAAAGAAUUUACCAGAAAAAAUCACAGCUGGAGCAUAUAUUACUCAGACCUGAUUCAUACGUUGGUUCAAUUGAAACUUUAACACAGGCAAUGUGGGUGUAUGAUGACGAAGAAGGUCAUAUGGUCAAUAGAGAGAUUACAUUUGUACCUGGACUUUACAAAAUAUUUGAUGAGAUUUUAGUAAAUGCUGCUGAUAAUAAACAGAGAGAUCCUACAAUGAAUUGUAUAAAGAUUGAAAUUGAUUCAGAAAACAAUAAAAUAAAAAUCUGGAAUAAUGGUAAAGGUAUUCCUGUUGUUGAACACAAGACAGAAAAGAUGUUCGUACCUACAAUGAUCUUUGGUCAUCUUCUUACCUCCAGUAACUAUGACGACACAGAGAAAAAGGUUACAGGUGGUCGUAAUGGGUAUGGUGCUAAGCUGUGUAAUAUCUUUAGUACAAAGUUCAUUGUAGAAACAUCAUCAAAGGACUACCACAAAGCAUUUAAACAGACGUGGAUAGACAACAUGGGGAAAACAAAAGAACCUACUAUUACAGAUUCUAAAAAUGAAGAUUUUACAAGUGUUACUUUUUACCCUGACCUGAAAAAAUUCAAGAUGACAUCGUUGGAUAAAGAUACAGUGGAUUUAUUUACAAGAAGAGCAUAUGAUAUUGCAGCAGCUUCAAAAGGAGUGAAAGUGUUCCUAAAUGGCAAAAAGUUACCUGUUAAGAACUUCAAGGACUAUGUGGACUUGUAUACCAAGGACAAAGUGGAUGAUAAUAAUAUGCCGCUUAAAAUAUGCCACGAAAUUCCUAAUGAUAGAUGGGAGAUAGCAGUUACACUGAGUGAAAAAGGCUUUCAGCAAGUGAGCUUUGUCAACAGUAUUGCCACAACAAAGGGAGGAAGGCACGUUGAUUAUGUAGCAGACCAUGUGGUUACUAAGCUGAUAGAAAUUGUAAAGAAAAAGAACAAAGGUGGUGUCGCCAUUAAACCUUUCCAGGUUAAAAAUCACUUGUGGAUAUUUGUAAACUGUUUAAUAGAAAAUCCAACGUUUGACUCACAAACAAAGGAAAAUAUGACAUUGCAAGCCAAAAGUUUUGGAUCAAAGUGCUUAUUAAAUGAAAAAUUCAUCACACAGGUUAGCAAGUGUGGUAUUGUUGAAAGUAUUCUAAGCUGGAUGAAGUUCAAAGCUCAAUCUCAAUUAAACAAGAAAUGCCACAGUUCAAAACAUUCAAAAUUAAAAGGCAUCCCAAAACUGGAUGAUGCUAAUGAUGCAGGAACAAAAAAUUCAAAAGACUGUACUCUUAUUCUGACUGAAGGAGAUUCAGCCAAGACCUUAGCUGUGGCUGGUCUUGGUGUAGUGGGGCGUGACAAGUAUGGCGUAUUUCCAUUGAGGGGUAAACUGCUCAAUGUCAGGGAAGCUACUCACAAACAGAUUAUGGACAAUGCUGAGAUCAACAAUGUAAUCAAGAUCAUGGGACUUCAGUUCAAAGAGAAAUAUGAUAGUCCUGACAAGUUAAAGACACUUAGAUACGGCAAGAUCAUGAUUAUGACAGAUCAGGAUCAGGAUGGAUCCCAUAUAAAAGGCCUUUUAAUUAACUUUGUACACCAUUUCUGGCCAAAUCUCUUGAAGAAUAAUGUUGUGGAGGAGUUUAUUACUCCAAUUGUCAAGGUGACAAAAGGGAAAGAGGAGAGAUCUUUCUACAGUUUACCAGAGUUUGAGGAAUGGAAAAGAGAUACAGAUAAUUGGCACACGUACAAAGUCAAAUACUACAAAGGUUUGGGAACCAGCACAGCUAAAGAAGCAAAAGAAUAUUUCUCUGAUAUGGACAAACAUAAGAUUCCAUUUAAAUACCAGGGUACAGAAGAUGAUGCCUCUAUCACAUUGGCUUUCAGUAGGAAGAAAAUUGAAGAAAGAAAAGAAUGGUUGACAAACUUUAUGGUUGAAAGAAAACGAAGAUUAGAAAUGGGCCUACCAGAGGUGUACUUAUAUGGUAAAGAAACCAAACAUAUCUCCUACAACGAGUUCAUCAACAGAGAACUGGUCCUUUUCAGCAAUAUGGAUAACGAACGUUCCAUUCCUUCACUUGUAGAUGGUCUGAAACCAGGUCAGAGAAAGGUCAUCUUCACAUGUCUUAAACGAAAUCUUAUCAAGGAAUUGAAAGUUGCCCAGCUGGCAGGUUCAGUAGCUGAACAAUCGUCCUACCAUCACGGUGAACAAUCUCUCAUGUCCACCAUCAUCAAUUUGGCACAGACUUUUGUUGGCUCCAACAAUUUGAAUCUCUUGUUGCCCAUUGGUCAGUUUGGUACCAGAUUACAUGGUGGAAAGGACGCAGCAAGUCCCCGUUACAUUUUUACUGCAUUAAGCCAAAUGACUCGUCUUAUCUUCCAUCCAAAUGACGAUGCUCUCUUAGAAAGCAAUUUUGAUGAUAAUCAGAAAAUUGAACCAGUAUGGUAUUGUCCUGUUGUUCCCACAGUCCUGAUUAAUGGAGCAGAGGGAAUUGGAACAGGAUGGAGCACCAAGAUACCAAAUUACGACGUUCGUGAGGUUGUGGCCAACUGUAAGAGACUGCUGUACGAUGAAGACCCAAUACCAAUGAUACCAAGGUACAAAAACUUCAAAGGAACGAUAGAAGAAAUCAGUGGCGACAAAUAUUUAUGCAGUGGUGAGAUAUCAAUUGUAGACGACCAGACAGUGGAAAUCACAGAGCUGCCAAUUAGGACAUGGACGCAGAACUACAAAGAAGAAGUUUUAGAGGUUAUGUUGUAUGGCAAUGAGAAGACACCACCUUGUAUUACGGAUUACAAAGAAUACCAUACAGAUACAACUGUGAAGUUUAUAGUGAAAAUGACACCGGAGAAACUUGCUCAGGCUGAAGAGACUGGCUUACAUAAACUUUUCAAAUUACAAAGCACUAUUUCUGUCACAUCAAUGGUCUUGUUUGAUCACCUUGGAUGUAUAAAGAAAUACAAUAAUGUAGAAGAGAUCCUCAGAGAAUUUUUUGACCUGAGAUUAGAAUUUUAUAAAAAGAGGAAAGCUUAUUUGGUAGGCAUGCUGGAAUCGGAAGCUCUAAAAUUGGACAAUAUUGCCAGGUUUAUCUUGGAAAAGAUUGAUGGAACAAUAACCAUUGAAAAUAAGGCAAAGAAGUCCUUGAUUGAAACAUUGAUAAGAAAAGGAUAUGAUUCAGACCCAGUCAAAGCAUGGAAAGAUUCACAAGGAAGAUCAUCAAAGGCAGAAGAUGAGGAUAUUGAUGAUGCAGACAGUGAUGUUUCAACCACCUCAAGUCAUGAUUUUAACUACAUUCUUGGUAUGCCUUUAUGGAAUCUGACUAAAGAAAAGAAAGAUGAACUGCUAAAACAGAGAGAUAACAAGAAAGAAGAACUAGAAAAGUUAAAGUUAAAAACAGAUAAGAAUUUGUGGGAGGAUGAUCUAGAAUUGUUCCUGAAAACACUAGAUGAAGUAGAGCAGAAAGAAAGAGAAGAUGAAGUAAUGUCUUCUAACAAAAUGGUGAAAGUGAAAGGCAAGGUGAAACCUAGGAAAGUAAUGCAGUUACAGACUAUGCCUUCACCGAUGGGUAGGCGUGUGGUACCGAAAAUAGACUCAGCCAUCCGUAAUAAAGUCCAAGCUGCUGCUGCAAAAAAGAUCAGGGACAAGAUAAAGAAAGAGGGGAAGAACCUUAAUGAUGAAUUUAUUAAAAAGGAAGAGAUGGAAGAAGAAGAACCAGAACCUAUGAGUUUGUUUGAUCGACUGAAGAAAAAAGACAAAGACAAUAAAGUGCUGGAUGAAUUGUCAAGUGCAGAAAAAGCUGCUCCCAAGGAAAAGAAAAAAAGAGCACCAAGGAAGCCAAAAGAUCUAGACUCAUCUGGAUCACCAAAGAAAAAGAAAGGAGGGAAGAAGAGAAACCCAUGGUCAGAUGAUUCCGAUGUUUCGGAGGAAGACAUAUCUGAUGAUGAUAUGGAUGGUAGCUUCUUAGAAACUGUAAAGCCUGAAAACCGAACGCCUAAAAGAGCUGCUGCUCGUAAAGCACAGACCCACUUCAAAUCAGAGUCUGACGAUGAAGCAAUAAAGUCUGAUAGUGGCGAUGAUGAUAACUUUAAACCAACGAAUUUAGAAAAUGGUGGAUAUGAGCCAGAGAAGAUGUCUGACGAUGAUAUUGGUGCUGAUGAUGACGAUGAUGAUGACUUCACUGCUAAACCUCCACCGAAAAAAAUCUCCAAACCUAAACCUAAACCUGCCAUUUCAUCAGAUGAAGAAGAUCCCUGGGAUAAAAUGAUGGGAACAAAGAAAGAUACAGAAUCUCAACCAGUAACAUUGGACAGCGAUAGCGACAACGAAUUACAGGUGAACAAGGAUCCAGUCAGUAAACCAGCUGCUAAAACGAAAGCUCCUCCUAAGAAGAGAGCCCCUGCUGCAAAAAAAGAUCCCAAACAGCCAUCCAUCUCUGAUGCUUUCACAAAACCAGCUGUUAAAAAAACUAAGUUGCUGUCAUCCAAGGCAGCUAAACCUCUCAUGAUUGAUGAUUCUGACGAAGAUUUACCUAUGCCAGAGAAAGUUCCUAAAGAGAAAAAGCCAAGGAAGCCAAAGGCACCAAAAAAGAAAAAUAGUUCAGAUAUGGAUGAUGAUGAUGAUGAUGAUGAUGUGAAGCCCAAGAAAAAGAAUGUUGCAAAAAGACCUAAAAAGGCAGCAUUCUCUGACUCAGAUGCUUCUGAAGAUGAGUUUUUGCCUCAAAAGAAACCAGCAGCCAAGAAAAAGAAGACAGACAGUGAUGAUGAUGAUGACUUUGGCUUUGAUGAUGCGGACAUAAGUACUGAAUAUGUACCAAGGGCAACAACUGGCAGAUCAAGAAACACUGUUAAAUAUACAUUUUCUGAUGAAGAUGAAGAUUAUUGACCCUAAAAUUGUUAAUUUAAUACUGAAAAAUACAGGAUUUGUUUUUAAAGCAUAUGAAGUAAACAUUACCUGAAGGUGUUAUAUUCAGCAAAACUUGGGAAAAUUUCUGGUGAAACAGGCAUUAAUUUCAAAAAGGAGUCAAGACAGUUGAAAUUUAACACUGAAAUACUUUAUAUUUAUGUAAUGGUAAUAUGUAGUUACCACAAUGACGAAGGUUACAGUGAAGGUUGAGUGUAUUUAUUGUAUAUUUGUAUAUUGAUUUUUUUUUUCCAAAUGGAAAUUUUUACUAACAUCCAACUUUUAUUUUCAUUGUACUUGUUCCAAUUUUUAACAAAAACAAAUCUCAUUUUUACAUUGUUUUGUAAUAUAUUGUUGAAAAAGAUCCACAUAUCUUGUGCUGAUCAUACAAACGCAAAUGGCAAGGUUGUAAAUAUUCAAUCUAUCAAUAACAUUAAAUAUAUAACAUUGAACAGCAAGCAAAAUGUGCAAGUAUUCGUGUAUAGGAAAUUGUCAUUUUUAAGGUUUGAAAAUUGCAUAAUCCAACAUGAUUUUGUUAGUUUUGAGUCUAUUGAAUGAUAGUGAUUACAAUUGUUUUGAAAGGGAGCAACAUCAUUUUAUGUCUUCUUUCACUUUUACCCACAUUGUUUAUCAUCUACUUUCACUUUCUUUUCAUUAUGUAUAAAUGUGGAAUGUGUGUCAGCAAUCAUUUUGUAACAUUGGUGUGUACAUUCAAGCCAUUAAACAUCAAAAUAACAUUAAAACUGGCUUAAGAU